CCCAGCUCAGCAACCUGCUCCCGGGGCCCCAGAAGGGGGAGCCCCUGGCGGGGGCCCCCCCGGGUCCCUCUCCAAUUUGAGCAGUAACCGUCGGCUGCAGCAGACGCAGGCCCAAGUGGAGGAGGUGGUUGAUAUAAUGCGUGUAAAUGUAGACAAGGUGCUGGAACGAGACCAGAAACUGUCAGAGCUAGAUGACCGGGCAGAUGCACUUCAGGCCGGUGCCUCACAAUUUGAAAGUAGCGCAGCAAAACUCAAAAGGAAGUACUGGUGGAAGAACUGCAAGAUGAUGAUCAUGAUGGGAGUGAUUUGUGCCAUUGUGGUGGUGGUGAUUGUAAAUGACUUGCUGUCUGAACAUGGCCAUUUCAGUUAUAAAGGAGAGCCUACAUGAUUACCUCAGUCAAGUGCAACAGACUAAACACAGUUAAGUGAAAGUAGUUUUGUUACUAUCUAAAAGGUGUGUGUAGGAGUAAAAUCUCCUGCCAGAAGGAACGAAAGAACAACAGUGAGGAGUCUGGUGGGGGGUGUCAAAUAUUCCUUUCAUCUAUGCAGACACAAGCCAGGACCCUGUGGCUUUCUACUAUCUUGUAGCUUUCCGGAAGACUUUGGGGUAGUGGCAGAGUGGGAGUGGGAAUGGGUGUUUUGCUUUUGUGUUACUGAGUUGAAUGUCAAAGGAAGUCCACUAUAUUGCAGAUGGAUGUGGAGGAGACUGGAGGUAUUCCAGAUGAGACUGAAUGAACCACACAGCUUUCUGAUUAUGAAUACCUGUUCUGUUUCUGCUACCACAAAGCCCUAACUUUCAGCAGAAGUUAGAAAAUAAUCAGAAUGGUUAGCUAGGGAUUCAAAGGGAAAUGCUGCUCUGGGCAUGGGUAUUGCAAAGUGACAUCAGAUGUCCCAGUUUGGCAGCUUAGAUCUCUAGAGAUCUUGCCUAUCAAACUGAAAUCCUCCUACUUGCUAUGGGUUCUCUUGAAUUUAGAUCCAAGAUGGUCUCUGCUGGAAGUAAACUUGCAGCAUGGAAUGCUGUGGCUUUCUGUAAGCGAUCUCCUUGUUCUUCUCCUUCAAAAAUAACAAAAGCCCUGAAUUGCUCGAAUGUGUUGUCAAACCUGGGGUUAAAUGAGCUGCCCUGUUCCUCAGUUUCUGCAGAGUCUUCUGAGGAAUGUGCAUCUUGUCUUUUUUUACAAGCUGAGCUGUAGCCUGUAAUCUAGACUGGAAAGAGGGCACUCCUUUAAUUUAGGAAGCUCUACCUCGGUUCUAGAAUACACUGGGAUCUGUCUAGGCUUAAGAUGAUGCCAGGAGGUAGGGGAGACCAUCACUGGAGUUCCCAGAUGGGAGUGAAGUACAAAAGAUGGGAGGAGCAGAUGUUUUUUCUUUCAUUGGGUGUGCUGGGGGGGAAGCCCCUUUCCUCCUCACAGAGCAUCUGGGAAGGGGCUAGGUUUUGCAUGCUCACUUCCAUGCCCCAGCAUUUCAUUUGCGCUGAGUUCAUCUCCCUGCAAUUCCAUCCCUCUCCACCUUGGGUGAGGGCAGAGAUGAAGAUCUGGAGUGAAGCAGCCCUCGUCCCCUGAGCACUUCCCUAAUUCCCUGUGGAACUGAGAUGUGAUGGACGGUCAGAAGUGCAUCUACUGAAGAGGAGCCAGGGCCUGCUUGUACUACUUACUGCUGUCAUUUUAGGGGGUGGGCAUACAAGCUUGAGGCCCCCAGACCAGCAAUUUUCUUGAACUCUUCUAAACAAGCUUUUGGUGCCCCAUUCCUCCUGUUCCUCUGGGGGCUGAGGUCCCCCCUAGGCUGUCUCUUCCAUUUCUUUCUCUUAGAUGUUGUAUGUUGCCUCUUCUGCUCCCUUUCCCCUCCUUUGUGUCUCUAUGCAUGGGCAAAAAAAAAUCACCAAGGCCCUUUGAGUAAAAGCAAGGGACUCUGCUGUCCACAGCAUUACAGCCACUCAUGCACGUGCAGUUUAUUUCCUUCCUCUAUAAACACAGCUGUAACCUCCUCUGGCAUGUUAUAGUAAUCAGCUCAUGUACUUUAAAUGGUCUCUAAGAAACACAAUUCACCACCUUA